UUUCUGAAUUUAAUUCAAUUUACUAACAAAAACUUGGCAUGCUUUGAUCAAUCAAUCAUUUCUUGCCUUCAAUAUCCUUUCCCUUUCUUCCAGGUAAGACAGCGACUUCUUUCCCACUCCAUACCGUAUGAUCAAAUCAUAUCUUUAAUGAAGGUCCCCCAUCUUUGCCCAAUUUGUCCUUGCCAUUAUCUGCAGCUGAAGAGGCGGCCCUUGGACAUGUACGAAAGUCAUUAAAUUUAAUGUCAUGCAGGUUCUGCACAGUUCAUAUUCUUACUCUUCCAUAAAUAUGAGAAAUAAAUAAAUAGGCCUAAAUAAAUGCUUACCAGAAAGAGCGGAGGGAUUUCGGAUCAGAUUGUCUCGCUGGAAAAGGACAAUAUUUUCUGCGAGUUGCAGUCGUAACUGCUUUUGCAGGAUCUUUUGUGUGGUUUUGCUUUGGCGAGCAAUAGAUCUGAGAUGGCUCGGGAGAAAAUAGAGAUAAAGAAAAUAGAAAAGAGGUCUGCGAGGCAUGUGACCUUCUCUAAGCGGAGGCGGGGUUUGGUCAAGAAAGCGCAGGAGCUGUCUAUUCUGUGUGAAGCGGAUGUAGGCCUCCUCAUAUUUUCUUCAACCGGGAAGCUUUUCCAGUACUGCAGUACCAGCAUGAAGAUGAUUUUGGAGAAGUACCAGAAAUACUCAAAUACCAAUACCACUAUAAAUAAUGAACAAUUUAUUGAGGAGUUUGAGAAUCAAGAAGUGAUAAGGAUCAGACAAGAGAUUGAAGAUCUUAACCGUGCUUUGAGACGCAUGCAUGGAAAGGAUCUUGAAGGGCUAACUAUGGCAGAGUUGCAACAAUUAGAAAACAAGUUGGAAAUGGGAUUACGUCAAGUUUGUUCUAAAAAGGAUGAAUGUCUAUUUAAAGAGAUAUAUGAGCUUCAAAAACAGGGAAUCCAAUAUUUGGAGGAAAAUGCUAGACUCCACCUACAGUUAAAUGAAAUGCAGUCCUGUCAUGUGGAGGAUAAUAACGCAGAGGAACUCUUGUUCAUUGAGCAUUUGGAAACUCAUGAUCAUCCUCAAUCAUCUGAAUCUACUAUAGGCAAUCCUUACAAUAGCAGGCUACACAAAGCAAGCAUUAUAGACAAUGAGGCUUCAGAUACAUCCCUGCAACUAGGGUUGUCUAUUUGAUGUUUUGUGAGCUACUUAAUAAUCUAAGCAAUUGAAGUGUAAACUUUAUUCUUGGUCAGAUUUUCUAUUCCUUUUUCUUGAACUCAAUAUAUGUGUAUUUAUCAGAUGCACUGAAAGAAAACUCACUGCUAGGUUUCCCUUUAAUGCCGCUGCUAAGUUCAUUCUCUCUAAUUUCCAACUGAAUAUUUAAGACCGUGGUGCGAAGUGUCUGGGUUUUCUUUGAAGUCAUUGUAAUAAUUUUAUGCACUCUCAAGCAAUGAUUGGAAUAAGUACACAAAGUGGCCAGUUCCUUCAAGGAUUUAUAUGUAACCCUUAACUUGGAUGUAGAGAAAUACUAUUAGCCAUCUUUCAUAUGA